AACAGCAAUGGCUUCCAUGUCUACAAUAGCUGAAGAACAUUUAACAUGUUCUAUUUGCUUUGAAGUCUACACUGAUCCGAAAACACUUCCAUGCCUGCAUUCAUUUUGUAAGGAUUGCAUCAAUACCUUCACGAAGAAAAUACCAAAUAAAAAAGAAUAUUCCUGCCCUGUGUGUAGAGAAACAUUUAAACUUUCUAAUAACGAUGUAGAAAAUUUGAAGACAAAUUUUUGUUUGAAAAAUCUUAUAGAACUAAUCAGUUCUAACACAGAAGUCAAGAAACUAUGUUCGUUUUGUAGCUUAAAAGGCGAAAACAUUGAGGCAUCCUCACAGUGUCUUACCUGUAAAGAUUUGCUUUGCUCCGAAUGUGCAGAACAUCGACAUAUAUCUACAACACAAACAUUAAACCAUAAAAUUGUUUGCCUGUCAGAAGUGUCAUCUGGAAAAUAUAAUGAGGAAAUUCGAUCCAAACAACAGAUUCCUUGUUCUGAACACACUGGCGAGUACCUGAGGUACUUCUGCGAAACAUGUGAUGAUCCUAUUUGUCGGGAUUGUAUCGUUCUCGGCCAUCAGAACCAUAAAUAUGUUGCCCCAUCAGAUGCAAGGAAAAGUAUGGAAGAAAAGUUGAAUAUCCAAAUGAGCUCACUGAAAGAGAAUGUAGAAAGAUUUCAGGCUGCCAAAGAAGAUUUAGCAUCUGCAUCAACUAAACUGGAGGUCCAAAAGCAAGAAUUGAAGGCAGAUUUAGAAAAACAAAUGCAUACCAUUAUCGAAAACAUGAUGGACUCAAAAAAGUCAAUCGAAAAAGAAAUAGACCAGAUUGUAAAAUCAAAACAACAAACGCUGCAAAAACAAGAGGAAUCAGUUGAAAAGGAAAGGAAAGUACUAGAAGAGACAUAUUCGUUUUGCCAUAACCUUCUCAGAUGUGGAAGUGAUAUUGAAAUUCUUUCCAUGAAAUCAGAAAUAAAAGAUCGCUUCUCAGCGUUACAGUCUUCGAAAAGAGCAAAAAUUUGCAAUGUUGAAAACACUGAUCUGCCUGCAAUUGAAAGAAGUACUGGUGGGUGUAUUUUUAACUUGGUUUACCAAAAUGCGGGGGAACAGGCAAAAAAUUCAAAUCAAGAAUGUACAAAACUAGAAAGAACGAAUCAAGAAGGGACUAAAUAUAAAACAAAACUAGCUGAAAAAAAUGCACCUAUUAGAGAUGUAGUAAAUGGUUUAGUUCCGAAAUUACUGCAAAGAUUUUCCGAACAACACGGAAAAGAUAUUAAAAAGGUAAGAUACACAAGUGCUGCGUGGUUGAAUGAAAAUUCGUUUGCAAUUGUUGAUCAAGGAACUCAAAGACUUGCAUUUCUCUCUAAAGAAAACAAUGAUAGAAAAUCAAUAGCCAUGAAGGAUUGUAUGGUGGUAACAUCUUUCAAGGAUGGGCUAGCGUGUAAAACAACUGGGAACAAACUACAUAUAAUUAACACUUCCUUGGACAUAAAGCAGACAUUUUCAGAAGUUUCAACUUUAUUAACCUGUCAUCCUAAUUCGUCUCAAAUAAGUUGGAUUUCCGGUAUAGAUAGAAUAUGCGUUUUAGAAAAUUUUAAAAUCAAAGAAGUCAUCAUCAUAUAUUCAAGCAAAGCAGGAAAACUAAGUAGCCCGAAAUUUGGUCACGUUCUUCUGAAUGGAAUGUUUGUAGUGUCAGAUUGGAACCAGGACUGUGUAUUUAUCAUCAGAGGCUCUGGAUAUUUAGAAAGAAGAAAGAAUUGCUCUCCAGGUUCCAUCUCCUCGGACCAAAACAACAUUAUUUAUGUAUGUGAUUAUGGAAAGAGUUGUAUUGAGAUAUUCAGAUGUUCUGGCGAAACUCUGUGGACAGUUAAAAUUGGUUCCAUCUUAAAGAAACCCAAAAGUAUUGCCCUGAACAAAGAAGGCGAAAUCUUGAUCACAAACGGACACUCCAUCGUUUCGGUUCGUCUUGAAUAAACUUGGAAGGCAAACAUACUAGUGCCAUUUUGUAAUGUUAUAUCAUAAUUUCUUAUGCAAAGACCUUUGAAAACAAAGAAACAAACAGA